AUGCUGCCUCGGGCCCGAUUGAAGGCUUGGCCUCGCGUUGCCGGGACUGGUGUGCUAACCUGGCAACAUGGUUUGAUGCGCAAACGGGGCAAGAAAGGGCGAAUAAUGCAUGUCCAGACUCGAAAAGACUGGACCAUCGUUUGGGUGACUUUCUUGCGCUGUCACCAUUUGGGCAGUCUACGUCGAUUCUCGUGGUUGUCGCUGCGGCGAGAGGAGGAAGAAUCAGGUGUUUUUCUGCAACCACACGCCAAAACAAGCCAAGUAUGA